AUGUGCAAACACGUCCUCAACGCCCAAGUCUCCAUCCGCUCCCCCUGCUGCCAAAAAUGGUUCGACUGCGCCGAGUGCCACGCCGAGGCCGAGGAGCACCGUCUGCUGCAGCGCAUCGAGAUGGUUUUCGCCUGCAAAAAGUGCAAAAAGUGCUUUCGAAAGGAUACGAGUGUGUGGGACGAGAGUGACGAGUAUUGCCCGCAUUGCGAUAACCAUUUCGUGAUUGAGGCCAAGACGCCGCAGGCCGCGCUGCGGAUUGAGGGUGAUGAUAUUAGGAAGAACUCUAGGAUGGUCAAGGACGACCGUGUAAAAGACGAAGACAAGCGUGGGUUCCUGACGGAGGACGACAUGGUGAGCCGGCUUGGGUAG